ACUAAAUCAUUCAAAGUAUUUGUUUACAAGGGCACAUAUGAAUGGACGAUUGUCCUGAGACCUAACACUAUAGAAUCUGGAUGGAUACGUAUCUAAAGGUCUUUGUAUACUGUUACUUGUUUCCUCUGCUUGGAAUCGCACUUGCGUUUCGACCAAGCUGGUUGCUCAACAAAUGGAGGCAGCAAUGGCUCACAUGUUUGUACCUUUCUUUCUAUUACACGGCUAUAAUCUCGUUUUUUUUUCAUCUGAAAUUGAUAUCAAUUGAACCUCAGGAAACACUGUUUACGAUUGCUCGUGUGCCGGUGGAAGAAUUCCUUAACCAGUUUGCACACUUAUUAGUCACUUCAUCUGUCUAUAUUUUUAUAAAACGAAAGAAUUAUUACGCUGCUCAAAGAUAUGCCUCCACUACACGGUUCAUUUACUUGACGAUUGGAUUGGCAUGUAUCGCUCUGGGUGCUUCCGCAUUAGAUUCUUCGCUUCUUCCUUGGGGAAGUAUUAUGUUUUUUAUGUGCUCUCUUAUUUCUUUCCUUCUUUGCUUUCGGAUUAUCGCACCUAUAUUUGCUACGUCCAAAUGCAUAAUUUUAUGUUCAAUUUAUGCUAUGUUUGUACAGACGCAGAAGUCGAAGUUUUUACUCACAGUUUCCAAUUUUCAAAAUUAUAAUUACUUUUCUAUAGCACUUUUUUCAGUGCAUAUGUUUCAAGGGAUAUGUAGCGUUACUGCGUUCGAAGUUUCUGAUUUCUUGAAGCAAAAUAACGAAGAGUCGGCUAUUUUAGGUUCCCUUCAUGCUCCAUCUAAAAGUGUAAGGACUAUAUGUGAAGAAUAUUCUCUCGAUUAUGAAUAUACUGCUUCUAUGCAUUUGGAACCCUUCCUACAACUGCGGUUAGCUUUUCUGUGCUCCUGGCUACUGAAGUGUUUUCACGGUCAACAUUCAAAAGAAAAUAGCCGAAUAGAUGUUAGAGAGUCAAAACCAAAAGCAAAAGACAAUGAUCUAAAGAAUUCCCAUAUAUCUUCUGAAACAGAAGCACAACUAAUGAAAGGAGUAUCUUCAAUGAAACGUUUAGACUAUAAAAAUGCUUCAUUCUUUUUUACAAGGGGAGUUUUCGAUUCGCUUCUUGAAUGGUCGAAUGAAGCUAAUACUACAGAAGGCGACAGAAAGCACUUACAUUCCGCCGCCCAUCGAUGUGCACUUUUACGUUUAUCCUCCUCUGAAAUACCUGAAGACUCGUUUUCAUUAUCUGAAAUAAAUGCUCUGGAUUCUUUAUCCCCGAAUUUGCGAGAAGCUCUUUUGUGUUACGUUUUCUCUCUUUCAACGGGUCCUCGUCAUGAUCAAGGUAGAAUGCCCAUUAAGGACGCUAUUUCUCAUCGAUUUUCUAUACCUUAUUACUUCCAUGUUUAUCGUCCGUCUAAGUCAACGUUUCUUUUAAUGACUGGAUUUCUAAUACGGGUUAUUCUAAUCAAAUACGGAAACUGGCAUGAUAAUAAAUCUGCACUUAAAUACACCGACGUUGACUAUUUUGUUUUCACGGAUGCUGCAAGAUACGUUUCUUUGGGCGAGUCACCUUACAUGAGGGACACAUAUCGAUAUACCCCUCUUUUGGCCAUUUUCUUGUUGCCAACUCAAUAUGGUUUUCCAUCUUGGGGAAAAUAUAUGUUUUCCAUCUGCGACAUACUGGCGGGUUGGAUUAUAAUCAAAAUUUUAAAACGUAAACAUUCUUUAGAUAAGUCACUGCUGUAUGCUUCCUUUUGGAUACUUAAUCCACUCGUCGCCGUUAUUAGCACAAGAGGAAAUUGCGAAGCAAUUUUAGGUGUCUUGAGUGUUGCACUCAUCUUACUUAUAGAACGAGAACAUGUAUGGCUAGCAGGGUUCUUGCUUGGGUUUUCGGUACACUUUAAAAUUUAUCCAUUUAUCUAUGGAAUCGCUUUUCUCUUUUACUACGCAAAUCCAUUUAAGCAAGGACCAGUCGUAAAAAAGGUUGCAAGUUCUGUUUCUGUCAAUCAAUUCAAGAUAUUAAUUGGGUCUCUUUUAGCCUUCACCUUGUGUAAUAUUUUGAUGUAUGUCAUUUAUGGGAAGCCAUUUCUGGAGCAUACUUAUAUAUAUCAUCUUGGACGAACAGAUCAUAGGCAUAACUUUUCAGCUCAUCAUUUGAGCCUUUAUUAUGAGUCAGCUUCUAAGCAGAAGCUUUCAUCUUUUCUUGCAUUUUUUCCACAAAUUUCUCUAUGUGUCUUGAUUGCUGCUGUAUAUUCCACACAAACUCUUGCUGGUACACUUUUCGCACAGACAUUUGCUUUCGUAACCUUUAACAAAGUUUGCACUAGUCAAUAUUUCCUCUGGUAUCUGAUAUUUCUUCCCUUAAUUUUACCAAAAUCGAAACUUAUUAGCAAAAAGGGUUUGAUUUGUCUGAUUCUCUGGAUACUUGGUCAGGCGCUAUGGCUUCUUAACGCUUAUCGUUUGGAAAUGCUUGGAAAUUCCGUGUUUAUUGAAUUAUGGCUAUCUGGUUUAUUCUUUUUCGUUGCAAACGUUUACAUCCUGAAGACGAUAUUGGAAUGUUUAUAAGAAUUCAUUGCAAUUAUUUAG